GUCGGCCGUCGCGUCGCCAUCCAAAUCUAAUACUCCUACUGCUGCUAGUACAAGCCCGUGUCCCCCGCCAAAACCCACAAGCACGCUCUUAAGCAGGAGCAGCGGCACUCCCCACUGGGAGCGGAGCGGAGCGGAGCAGCACCCGGCACGAGGAGCAGUGCGAGGGGCAGAACGCAGACGCCAUGGGGGUCCGCUCGGCGGCCACGAAGCUGCACAUCCCGCCGUCCGCCGCCCGCGGCGGCCGCCCCACGUUCCUGCCGUUCGUGGCCGUCUUCCUCCUCUGCUCCGCCUCCUACCUAGUCGGCGUCUGGCAGCACGGCGGCUUCGCCUCCUCCUCCCCAUCCUCCUCCCCCGGCGCCGUCUCCAUCGCCACCUCCGUCGCCUGCACCACCACCAACACCGCCGCCGCCGCCACCCCGAAGAGGAGAACCCGGUACGCCACCUCCCGCUCCCGCACCACCUCCCCAUCCCUCGACUUCUCCGUGCGCCACGCCGCGGCCAUCGCGCUCGACGAUGCCGACGGCACCGCCUCGCCCGGCGCCUCCUCCUCCUCGGCCACCCCGCGGAGGUACCCGGCGUGCGCGGCCAAGUACUCCGAGUACACGCCGUGCGAGGACGUGGAGCGGUCGCUGCGGUUCCCACGGGACCGCCUGGUGUACCGGGAGCGCCACUGCCCGGCGUCGGAGCGGGAGGUGCUGCGGUGCCUGGUGCCGGCCCCGGCCGGGUACCGGACACCGUUCCCGUGGCCCGCCAGCCGCGACGUCGCCUGGUUCGCCAACGUGCCGCACAAGGAGCUCACCGUCGAGAAGGCGGUGCAGAACUGGAUCCGCGUCGACGGCGACAAGCUCAGGUUCCCCGGCGGCGGGACCAUGUUCCCCAACGGCGCCGACGCGUACAUCGACGACAUUGGGAAGCUCAUCCCGCUCCACGACGGCUCCAUCCGCACCGCGCUCGACACCGGAUGCGGGGUGGCGAGCUGGGGCGCGUACCUGCUGUCGCGGGACAUCCUGGCCAUGUCGUUCGCGCCGCGGGACUCCCAUGAGGCGCAGGUGCAGUUCGCGCUGGAGCGCGGCGUGCCGGCCAUGAUCGGCGUCCUCGCGUCCAACCGCCUCACCUACCCGGCCCGCGCCUUUGACAUGGCGCACUGCUCCCGCUGCCUCAUCCCCUGGCAACUCUACGAUGGACUGUACCUGAUCGAGGUUGACCGUGUGCUGCGUCCCGGAGGGUACUGGAUCCUGUCCGGGCCGCCAAUCAACUGGAAGAAGUACUGGAAGGGGUGGGAGCGAACCAAGGAGGACCUCAACGCCGAGCAGCAGGCCAUCGAGGCCGUCGCCAGGAGCCUCUGCUGGACCAAGGUCAAGGAGGCCGGCGACAUCGCCGUCUGGCAGAAGCCCUACAACCACGCCGACUGCAAGGCCUCCCGGCCGAGCAAGGCCUCCAAGUCCCCGCCCUUCUGCUCGCGCAAGAACCCCGACGCCGCUUGGUACGACAAGAUGGAGGCGUGCAUAACGCCGCUGCCGGAGGUCUCUAGCGCCAAGGACGUCGCCGGCGGCGCGGUGAAGAAAUGGCCGCAGCGGCUCACGGCCGUGCCGCCCAGGGUCUCCCGCGGCGCCGUCAAGGGCGUGACGGCCAAGUCGUUCGCGCAGGACACGGAGCUGUGGCGGAAGAGGGUCCGGCACUACAAGUCGGUGAUCAGCGAGUUCGAGCAGAAGGGGCGGUACCGCAACGUGCUUGACAUGAACGCGCGCCUGGGCGGGUUCGCCGCGGCGCUGGCGACGGCCGGCGACCCGCUGUGGGUCAUGAACAUGGUCCCCACCGUCGGGAACACCACCACGCUCGGGGCCAUCUACGAGCGCGGGCUCAUCGGAAGCUACCAGGACUGGUGCGAGGGCAUGUCUACCUACCCGAGGACCUACGAUCUCAUCCAUGCGGAUUCGGUGUUCACCCUGUACAAGAACAGGUGUGAGAUGGAUCGCAUCCUUCUGGAGAUGGACAGGGUCCUGAGGCCCAGGGGCACGGUGAUCAUCAGGGAAGACGUGGACAUGCUGGUGAAGGUCAAGAGCGUAGCGGACGGGAUGAGGUGGGAGAGCCAGAUCGUCGACCACGAAGACGGCCCGCUCGUCAGGGAGAAGAUCCUCCUGGUUGUGAAGACGUACUGGACUGCCCAGGAGCAGGACCAGUAGCAGGAGGACUGUGGAGUAAAAUCCUCAAUGUUGAUAAGCAUUUUACAUGUUUCGAUUUGGAUCGCCAUUUCUAGCUCCUUGAGCUGGUGCUCUCUUAACUGUUUGCUGUUCUUUUUGGACGGUACUUGUUCAGAUAGGAAAUUUGUCUCUUAUUAAGGUGUAACAGGGGUGAAAAAUGGAAGGGUAGGUAAAACCCCAGACCCCUGCAAAGCUUUUUUUUUUCCCCCCCUUCAAUUGCUAAAUUGUGCCAAGUGGUAAAUAGAAGUCAUUGUUGCCAGUCAUCCCUGAUAAGCACAACUGGGUUCAUUCUAGCCUUA